GUCACUGCGUUAUGCCUUGCCAGCUCUACAGCUAUUGUUUUUUUGUUUUUUUUGUUCAAUGUUCACUACUUACUUCAAUUUCAUAUUGAUCAUCUGCCUUUGGUCUCAUAACAUUUUAAAUAAUUUUUCUCCCAUAUCCUACAUUGUAGAUUUUAGCACUGGAAAGCACAGUAAGUGAAUCGUCACUGCAAACGCAGUUUGAGAUGUGCGUAUAAAAGCACAAUAUUGUAAUAAAGAAGAAUUGCCAGAGCAAUGGAAGGAAUCUGUUACUUUACCUACCAAUAAAACUAACAGUAAUAAUUGUGGAUAAAUACGUAUCACUGCUACCAACUACACUAGAAGUUUUAUUCAACUAUUAUCUGUCAAGGUUAACCCCAUUAAUAGACAAAAUUAUUGUAGGCCUAAUUGUUCAACUACUGAUCACAUAUUCUGCAUUUGUCAUACUGAGAACAAAAUGUGGGGGGGGGGGAAGUAUAGUGAAAUUACUAUUUAUAGACUUCAAGGAAGCUGACAAAUGAAAUUACUUGCACUGAAGUUGAUACAGAAGUAAAUGCAAAUAAAACUAUGUAUACUAUUUUGUCCUGUCACCACACUACAGGACAAAAUCAUUUUAUAAAGCUGGUAGCUAAUUAAUGUGAGGAAAUGUGGCAAAGUUCAAACAUGCGGGAAAGAUAGCAACAAAUCAGAAAUACAUUUAUGAGGAAAUUAUGGGCAGACUAAACUCAGGGAAUGCCUGCUACCAUACAACGCAGAAUCUUCUUCCCACAUGCUAUCUAAAUACAAGACUAAAAUUGGAUUACAUACACAAAACUAUAAUUCUACCUCUUGUUUUGUGUGGGUGUGACGCCUGGUCAGUCACGUUAAGGUAAGAACACAGACUGAAGGUAUUUGAGAACAGGAUGCAUUGGUGAAUAUCUGGGCCUAAGAGAGAUGAAAGGACUGGAGGCUGGAGAGUAAUGCACAGUUGCAAACCCCACAGCAUUUACUCUUAAUCAGAUUGGAAAAUAUGAGUGUGGCAUGUAGCCAAGCACGGGAGACAUGAGAAAUGCAUACAAAAUUUUGGUGGGAGAGCCUGAAGGGAAGAGACCAUUCAGAAGACCUGAGCAUAUAUGAGGGGGGAUGAUAUUAAAAUUUAUCACCGCGAAAUAAGACUAGAGGGUGUGAACUGGAAUCAUCUUACUGAGGACAAGGACUGGUGGCAUGCUGUUGUCAACAUGGUGAUAAACUUCCAGGUUCGACAAAAGGCAAAGACUUUAUUGCCUAUUCUACUACUACUACUACUACUAACCUUCUCGAGAAGGGUUCUGCUUCAGAGACCACAGCGAAGAAAUACAAGCUGUCAGGGAAAACCAAGGUAGUCAAACUAGCACAGUCUGGGAUAUCUUUUGUCAAAUAUGUGCAAUGCCUGAAAAUCACUCGCAGUGUUUAGAUAAAGUUCUUCUGAGUCAACUGCUAUCCACAAAACCUGAUAUUAACAUUGUGUCACUGAAGGCAACUUAGCCUUACAAUUUUCAAUUUCCUACAGUAAGUGCAACACGGCUUGCAUGUGACUAGCGAAGUGUAACAGGCAAUUAACUGGCUGUAAUAAAAUUAAGAUAACAAACGUCUAAAAAUCAGAUAAUAAAUGCCCUAUCCAGGCAGGAUACAAACACAAAACCUCAGCAGCAAGACUUACAAAUUUAAAGUGAUAAGAACAGCUAUUAUGCUUAUUUGAAAACAUUAUAAUAGCAUUUACCUGCAGGAAGGGUAGAAAAUGAGAAGAAAUCUUGUUUCUGCUUUGCUUGAGAUACCAAAAUAAAAAAAGGGAUGCCCAGAUGACUACAAUGUUAAACUGAAUGACUUGAUUCUUUAGUUAGCUACUUAACAGUCAAAGUUUCACAGUUAAAGUAUGAAACUCAGAAAAAUUCAAGAAUCUCAUUGCAGUUUAUAUGAAGAUGGCUGUCUUCUGAAAUGUAGCACGGUGCAGUCCAGUAGGUAUUGACUGACAUUUCAGAGGAGCCUACUGCUUCCAUCAUCAGUGAUGAUGGCUGGCCAAUGUCUAUCGUACUACAUGGUGCUACUACAUUCCAAAAGACAGCCAUCUUCAAUACAAAACUUUCCUAUUAUGUGCUAUGGAUUUAUUUGAAAAUAGAUUAUGUACCUAUGGGGAAAUAUGAUUACACAGAAAAUAGAACAUAUUCAGUUGAUGUAUUCUUUUCCUACAUCUUCCAAACUUCUUUCCACUGUUUACAUUUUUUGUCUCUCAUGUCUCUUUUAUUUUACAAAAAAGUCUUGAAGUCAGGACGGGUUCAACAGCGCGAAACAGGCAGUAUACUUAUACCUGCAUAUUCUUAACUAAGUUAAGUUAAGCCACGAUGUAUGUAAAUCUAUGUCACAGAAGCCAUGAGCAGGAAAACAGAUAAUGCAAUAAACCAAGGUAUAAAAAGUAGCCCCACAAGUUUUCUGUGUUUUGCUGGCAGCCUGAGUCAUUCUGCCCCUCGUGUUACAUUAGAUCAGGUUGCUACAAGAACAUUACUGGGUGCCUGUGCUAAGGAAACACGGAGAUCAUCACAAUGACUGAUAAGGAUUUAAAUGAAGUGGGCCUCGAAAUUGAGGCACCGGGUAUCACAAGAGGUUCCAUCGCUAUGCCAAGCUUACCUAAACCACUGACAUUAGAAGAGAAGAAAUAUCUUCUUGUAGUGGAAAGAGGUGACUCGGCCAAUGUCAGAAGGAUGUUGCAGCUUGCCCACAGAAAGAACCACAUCAACAUAAACUGUGUUGACCCUCUGGGAAGGGGUGCAUUGUCCUUGGCAAUUGACGGAGAGAACCUGGACAUGGUCGAGCUGCUGGUUGUUAUGGGUGUGGAAACGAAGGAUGCACUACUGCAGUCAAUUGAUGUCGGGUUUGUUGAGGCAGCUGAACUGCUUCUGGAGCAUGAAGAACUUAUUCACAAACAGGGAGAGCCUUAUAGUUGGCAAAAGGCAGACUGGAACACAGCAACAUUCACUCCAGACAUCACACCCCUGAUUCUUGCAGCUCAUCGUAACAACUACGAAAUACUCAAGAUUUUACUGGACAGAGGUGCAACAUUACCAAUGCCCCAUGACAUUAAGUGCGGCUGUGACGACUGCAUUCGAGAAUGUCAGGAAGACUCGCUCCGUUUCUCGGUGUCUCGUCUGAACGAGUACCGCGCUCUAUCAAGCCCAUCUUUAAUAGCUCUGUCAUCUAAUGACCCAAUCCUUACAGCUUUUCAACUGUCUUGGGAGCUUCGAAACUUAGCUUUCGCUGAGCAUGAAAGCAAGAGUGAUUACAUGGAACUGCGACGCCAGUGCCAGCAGUUCGCAGUCGACCUUCUCCACCAGUCUCGUAGCUCUCAGGAACUUGCUAUUAUCCUCAAUCACGAUCCUGAUUCUCCCCCUUACGAAGCCGGCGAACACAUGAAGCUAGCUCGACUGGAACUGGCCAUCAACUGCAAGCAAAAGAAGUUUGUUGCUCAUCCUAACAUUCAACAACUAUUGGCAACCAUUUGGUACGAAGGACUUCCUGGAUUUCGACGCAAACCUGUGACACAGAAGCUGAUGCAGAUAUCAUCUAUAGCAUUGCUGUUUCCCUUUCACUGUAUGUUGUACAUCAUUGCACCAAAUACACCAACUGGAAAACUGAUGAGGAAACCAUUCAUGAAAUUUCUCAUUCAUGCAUCUUCUUACCUUUUCUUUUUAAUGCUUCUCAUUCUGGUCUCACAACGUGCUGAAGUACAAGUGAUACAGAUAUUUGGUACAGAGAGCAUGAGAAAAGCUCUGGCAGAACAGCUUCAAAUACAGCGUGGUAAUGGUCCUUCAAUUCUGGAAUGGAUUGUUGCAGUUUAUGUUCUUGGUUUCAUUUGGCAGGAAACGAUGGAGAUCUUUCAGGAAGGUGUGCAGAGCUAUCUUCGAAAUAUGUGGAACUUUAUUGACUUCACACGCAACUCUCUCUACGUGUCAGUGGCCAUCCUCCGUAUCGCUGCGUACAUACAACAGACUCGAGAGAUUUACGCUGAUCCAGCCACAGCUUACAUUCCACGCGAACAGUGGGAUGACUUUGAUCCUCAGCUGAUAGCUGAAGGACUCUUUGCUGGGGCCAAUAUAUUCAGUGCUCUGAAGUUGGUUCACUUGUUCUCAAUCAAUCCUCAUCUCGGGCCACUUCAAAUCUCUCUUGGCAGGAUGGUUAUUGACAUUGUCAAAUUCUUUUUCAUCUACAGUCUCGUCCUGUUUGCAUUUGCAUGUGGUCUGAACCAAUUAUUAUGGUAUUUCGCGGAGAUGGAGAAGCAGAAGUGUUACCACUUGCCCGGUGGAAUGCCCGACUGGGACAACAACGGCGACGCAUGUAUGAAGUGGAGACGAUUUGGCAAUUUGUUCGAAUCUUCGCAGUCGUUGUUCUGGGCCAGUUUUGGUGGAGUUGGCAUCGACAGUUUUGAGCUGACAGGAAUAAAGACUUACACCCGUUUCUGGGGCCUCCUCAUGUUCGGUUCCUACUCAGUGAUCAAUGUGAUUGUGUUGCUGAACCUGCUUAUUGCUAUGAUGUCUAACUCUUACGCCAUGAUCGACGAACAUUCUGACACUGAAUGGAAGUUUGCACGAACACGUCUGUGGAUGAGCUACUUUGAAGAAAGCGCCACUCUUCCACCACCAUUCAACAUCUUCCCAACACCCAAACUACUGUUUAAAAUGUUUGGUAUUCGGAAGAAGGAUAAACUAAGAAGAAUGUCUUCAAAGCGCAAGGAACGCCAGGAAAAGGAACGUGAUAGCCGAUACACAGCCGUAAUGAGGGCUUUGGUGUGGCGCUAUGUGUCGGCCAAGCAUCGCGAAUCCGAAGAGAGUCCUGUGACAGAGGACGAUAUCAAUGAAGUGAAAGGAGAAAUUUCAGCUGCAAAAUGUGAACUGCUGGAAGUUCUACACUCCAAUGGGAUGGACAUUUCAAAAGCAAAUGCCAAGGAGAAAACUAUUCUUGGCAAGAAGAUGAGAAUCUGGGAACGUCGUCUCAUGAAAGAUUUUCAUGUGGCACCUGUUACUGCAGAAGAAGAAAUUGAACACGCGCCAGAAAUUUCUACCGAGAUCGAGGACUCUCUGUCUCGGUUCAGACGUAUCGCGAAACUCGCCGUCUUAAAUUCAUCCUCUCACAAAUGGGGUCAACUUUUAGAGGGAGUGUGUGAAGCAUCUCAAAUUGGACACUGCAACAACCGUGAAUCCUACAGAAAUCAGCAGAACCUUCAGAGGGCCAUGGAUCAAGCUCGUAAACUGGUAAACCGAAGUCCCACACCUGGUGCCUCUAGAGCGGCUUCGCCCAUCCCACUUCCUGAGACGACAGCUUCGUCCAUCAUGGAACUGUUGAAGGACAUUACAGAACACAGCGAAGAAAGCAACAAGCCUCUGAAAGAAGGAACACUGUUUCUAGCCGUGCAAAGCAAACAGACGUCUCGAUGCACCACACCAACUUCAGCAGUAACGCACGGCCGGGAGGCUGCCGAGAAAAGAGAACCGCCCACAAAACCGACCAGAAUUUUGCCUUCUUCAGGUGCUACAGCAGAAACUAGCCAAGCUCAGAGAACACCAGAGUCAGACGGCAAUUCUCCGACUGAAACUGCGGCUUCCGCUGAUUCCACAAGGUCUGAAAACCAAUCAGCCAAAAUUAUCGAAUGCAAAGCUGAUUCUGAGAGUCCAUCAGCGGGUCAGAAUGUUGGCGACGAUAGUCCAACGGCACAUCCAGAAAUAGUACCUCCUCAACUACAGAAAUCUGAUAUUACUGAAGCCACGGACAAAUCGCCAGAACCUCUGAUUGUAAUUACCGCGCCAGAGCCAACUACGGAAAUCGACGUCAAACCAGCCGACGAGUCUGAACGAGAGGAAUCACCUUCAGUACCUCGGUUCGAGGCUAUGCUGAGCAGCUGUCAGAACAGCACAAACAUCGCCGACAGCAUGGAACCCAGUUCCAGCACAGAGCAAUUACUAAGCACUGCUGAUUCUCCAGCAAAGAGGGUCGCAGGCUUGAACCCAAUUAAACGACAGCCGAAAGAGGGUUGGUUAUAAAUUAGGUGCCGCGAUGCAAAACGUCCUAUUAGAACAGAACAAGGCAAAACCAUUUAGAGGGCUUCUAUGGGUCUUAAUGAGAACACCGGGCCAAAGUAAUUCCAAAUGCAUCGUUCAUUAAGACAUACUUGGUUUUAUUUCCAGCUUAAUGUGCAAGUCAACAUGACUACGUUACAAUUCAAAUGGCAUGAAACCUGUUUCAUCUUGUAAGCGGACACAGAAAUUGAGCGUAAAAAUUAUUUAGUAAACUAAUGGUGUAUUUAUAUUUAUAUUUCAUGUAAUUUAAUGCUGGGUCAUUCUGUAUAUUUCCCCAUGUAAUUGUAAGUCAGGUUAAGAAACGUUUCUCAUUUAAUAACUGCAACAGAUUUGUAAUUGGUUAUGAGAUGUGCCGAUUCUAAAGUAGAGUAACCAGAAAAUGAAUUGUGCAACGCUUGCGUGAGGCAAAUAGUUUAGAUGAACACGCUUUACGGAGGUAGUACGUAACUAUGAUUUACUCAGUAGCCUGAGGUGAACUCCUGAUGCACUGAGUAUUUCACAGGGCCAGACCCUCAGAAAUAUUAAGUAAUCAUGCAAUUUUUUAAUGAAAUCUUAAGGUGCAGGGUCUGAUGGACAAAAAUCACUCGACUUUUCUAGCUAAGAAAUGGAAUAUCUGUGGCUGAAAAUAUGCAGAUCUUUUCACUAUCAUCAAUUACUUUCUUUCAGUUUGAAAUCUGUUAGGUACAAUUUUAAAAUCAGAAUGUGUCAAUGUGAGGCAGUACAUAAAAACUUCAAAACAAUCAAAACCAAACAGCCUUUUAAUUGUCAUUCAUCAAGUUUUGUAAAAUUAUCACUCACCUCAGUGGUGCAAAUGGUCGUGCCUCUUGUUAAUGAUAAAUACAUAUUGAGCUGCCAGUCUCAUAUACACUGUGAACGUUCACAAAACUUGGAUACACUUAGUGCGACUAACACGAACAGUUGUUACACGACUGAGCAUAAAGUCCGGGUCCAGUAAGUUUCAAGCUGUCCGUUAUGAACGCGGCUCCGUCUGUACCAUCCUGCCGCAUCAUAACAUCCACGAGAAACCUGCGAGAAAUCAUCGCAUCCACAAACAGAUCUUUACAUCGUAAAUAAUGAAGAAAGUCUUUCAGCCAAGUUCACUGACACUGAAAGGAAAUCUAUGAAAUGCAGCUCUAAAUGUACAGCACCGCGAAUGAGGCGGCUGCCGAACACCACAACACCGCUGUCAAGAAAAGCAAGGAACAUGAGCAUCCAGUUGACGUGAGAGUAAGUGACCAAGUCCUGCAGAAUAACAUUAGAGAGAUAUUUUUAGGAACUACACAGCAUUCUGACCACGGAAAACGUCGUAGCCUCUGUAUGUGCAAGGAAGACAAAACGAGACUGACACAAGGAAAUGAAGUGGAUAAAAUGCAAGAGGAGAGACUGUAAGAACAAAGGAAGUUUGUGAAGUGAAGACCAACGAAAGUAAAAAUGUUGAUGACAGGACAAAGCUGCACACUUUUGAUUCCUUCCCUUAUUACAAACUGAAAAUGCAUUUUGAAACUCUGCAAUCGGGAAGGCUCAACCUUGCUGUCAUCUGAUUACCUACUUAGCUGCACCACUUACUUCAUCGCGUCAUUCACCAUAAGCCCUUCUUUCGCUGAUGUUUCAGUCCAACCAAUAAAAUUGAAUUCCUUAUAAAAUUCUUCUAUUUCCAAUUGGUCAACUUGUCGCUGUCGCAAAUCACACUGCGAGAAGAACAGAAAAAUUACGAUUGGUCUAGGCAGAGCAAAGCUUCAGCGUUCCCACAAAAAUAUUCUCUUAAUAUUUGUAUCUCGUUACAUUAGCGUCUGCUGAAGCAGAUGAAUGGAUCCAGAGACAUUAAAGUUGAAUUAUGUUAAAUAUGUCUCUGUGUGCAUAAAUAAAACAUUUCACUCAUUUA